AUGUCCCACCACUCCGCCCGGGGCCCCAUCCCCAUCCGCACCGCCAACCCCCCUUCCCGCGCGCCCGACGCCGCCCUCCUCCCCCUCCGCGCGCUCAUCUCAAAACUCACAUCCCUAACCUCAACCUCGCACUCCCUCUGCCACACCAUCCGGUCCACCCGCCGCCUCUCCCCCUCCGGCACCGCAACCACCACCCUUGCCGCGCUCGAGGACUCCCUCGCUGACGCUCUCCCACGGUUAUCCAACCUCUACGCCUCCCUGCGCGCCACGCACGGCAAGCCUCUCGACCUCGCUGACGCACCUGCCCUCGCUGCUCUCGAUGCGGCGGUGAACACCCUCAACAAGCACGUUAAGGCGCGAUUAGCUGAUAUCGCCGAUUCGAAGGCGGGCUCGAAGUCGAAAUCCGGAUUCAGAGAGAUUGGGGCUACAUUCAACGCCGUCAUCGAUUCCGCAGAAGACGCACUCACCGCCCUCUCCGCGCGACUCUCCGCCGCCUCCUCCGCACCAGCACCAGCACCCCGCCCCAAAGCCCCAUCACCGAUCCAAGAAGCCCCGCAUAGACCGCGCCGCGACUCUCGGACGCGCGAGAGCGAGCCGCCUCGCGUGCUGGAGAGGGGGGAGAUUGCGAUUACAUACCGCCAGUUUGAGAGGAUGGAUGCGGUGAUGCAGUCGUGUUGGAUUGAGGAGAAGGCGGAGGGGGGGAGGAGGUUUAGGAAUAUGGCGGAUCCGUCGAGGGUUGUUUAUGGGGUUGUGCCUGAGGGGGGGUUUGUGAGGGCGCUUUGA